UUAAGCAUUUUCCCUCACACUAUAAAUGAAAAAGUAACACAAACUACACAACACACAACUUGACUAGCUAGCUAGGCGGCCAUCUGAGGAAGCUACUCAGUACCGUGUAGUUCACCAAAGUUAUCUUGGGUUGAUAAAUGACGCUCCAUUAGGCUUCAGAUUCAGGACGCUGAUUGGCUAAAUUUAUGUUGCUGUGCGCGUAACUGGUGUCAGCAACGGUCAGGAAUUUAGCAAUUGUAAGUAGCAAGUGAAAUUGUGAAGUUUCCCACAAUGACUAACGACUAAACGUCAAAAAUAUAUAUAUUUAUAUUAGCUGUAUAAGGUCUGUUGUUGUCGUCAUCGAUUUAGGGAGAGUUUUCGGGUAAUGUCUUAUUAAAACUAAUGUUAAAGGUCGACGGACUCAAGCAGGUCACUGUAUGUAUGAAUUAUAGCAAUGAUCAGUGGUAUAUAAACAAAUGCCCAUGUAGAUAUUGUAAUGUGAGUUUAUUAAAUUACCAUUUAAGCUGUCUGUGUACUAACAAAAGACCCCAUUAAAGAUGAAUUUCAGUGGCUUGUGUAAAACACCAUACCAGUUAUGAAUACCUAAUCUGCAUAACCACUAAAGAAAAGCUUGUAAUGUGUCAGAACAUUGAACAUAUAUAUUUAGUCAACAUGAUGAUACACAUUGCUGGCUUUACCUCAGUGUAAAAUUUUCAGUCAGGUGUAUUCUUUAAUUGUCAUUUUCAGGUUCAUGUCUCUGUGAAUCACUUGUCUGAGACCACUGAGGCAUACCAGCGGACUCAGUGCAGUGACUUUCAUUGCCCUCUGUGUCUGAGAGACAAAAUCAAAUCUGAUGAGCACCAAAAGGCAACUGGUCACCUUCAGUCCCACCUUUCCUGGGUGGUCAAUUCACCCAAGAUCUCUGGGAGGAAAAACAAACCAUCAAGAGCAGGAAGAAGAAAAGUGUUGAGUAAAAAGGCUUUAAGAUGGAGAGGAGAGCCCUACUUUACUCUUCCUGUCUCUGCCUGGUCUUGGCCAGUGUUGCUGCUGUCAGAUACAAUGAAAACAUUGAUGUCCUGAAAAACAUUAAAGACCUGAAGAAUAAAACUACAUUUGGUCAAGAAUUCCCGCAGCAUGGCCUCCUGCUCCUGUUCUGGUUUGCUAACAAUGUUGAAAUUGAUCAAAAUGAAGUUAUCUGGCCUCUUAAUUUCAAUCCAGCUCAGAGAGGUUAUGGUUUUCAUCGGUAUUGCAAUGGAGUAUCUGACCAGGUAACUCAGAGAACAGCCCUCCCUGAUGUAUCUAACAUGAACAGUGUGUACUACGCUUUGGGCAAUCUCAAUGAUCCAAGCCAGCUUCCUUCAUAUGUAACACAGGACUAUUACAACAAAGGUGGACCAACAGGGAACAUAGACAGAGUUGUAAUUAGAUUUUCAAACAACGAACGGACAAUAGAAGAAGUCUACAUCACACAGCAUUAUGUGGACAGAAACCGAGGGAGUGGCUAUGAUCCAGACAACACCUACAGGAUCCGUCCAUCACUCCUGAGGGAGAUUCAGGGCAUUAAUAGAGAUGACACAUGUGUAGAUGAUACUGAUCAAUCAGGCAAUGCUCCAUGUGAAAUCUUGGAUGAAGAACAAAGAAUUUCAGAUUUACAGAGAGCAUAUCCAGACAUUCCAGGCUUAGUCAGGUUUAUGAUUCGUGCAGGAUAUAACCCUAACAGGGUCAAAAUAUAUUCAGAGACCCUUUCCUGUCGGGCUGGCAACACUCAAAAGCGGAGACCACGUUCACUUGGCACAUUGCCCAAAUGUCAGGAACACAAUAACAUAAAACUUGAGGUGAAAUCUACAUCAAAGGGGUAUGCAAGGAUCACUUGGAGUGGGAUACCAGAGAACCUCCUGAAAAUGCAAAUGAAUAUAGGCCUUUAUGAAGAGAAAGCCAGUACAGAAUUGAAGCUCUACCCUCUUAAUGGAAGACCUUAUGGAACCAUUGACACUAGCACAAGCAUAAAUCCUGGUCUGCAUAUAAAGCUUUUAAGAAUUCUUAAAAAUGAUUCUCCUUACUACUCAGAUAUCUGGAGUGGCCCAGUGUUUGAUGAAGCCAACGGUGUUCUACCCACUAGAAUUAAAGGUUAUGAUGCCAGUUUACAGCUCUAUACUAAAGGAGGAUAUGCUUGUGCUCGACUCUACAUCAGCAAGUCCUUCACUGAUUGGAAAAAUGUCUUCAUGAACUCUUGGGUGGGAUUCUACAAAACUACACUGGAUGAAAAUAAAGAGUAUGAAGAAUACCAAUGGAGUACGAAUUUUAAGAAGAGAUCAAAUCAAGAUUACACUCCAGAUUAUGACAUCUAUGAGUAUAAAUCCCACCAGUAUGUUGGUCCUGGAGUACAAGCUCGAUUUAUGCUGGAAAAAAGCUACAGAAGUGAGAAAGCCCGCACUGAACCCUGGGAUGGUGUAGGUAAUCCUCAAUCAAGCACCAACGAUGAGUUAAGGAAAAAAUAGGAAAGGAUAAAUUUAUAGGAUGUAAUCUGAGAAUACAUCAUUAAACUGCACAACACCUGUGCCGUGCUCUCUCAGUGCCUUGAUUUUUUAAAAUGCUUUAAAUGUGAUGAAAAAAAUGAAUAAAAUGUUCUUAUAUUUCAUUUAUGAUUUUCUUAAAUAUUCUGCCAGUGAAAUAUUAAUACUGUUCUUGAACAUUGAUUGCAAGAGAUAAUGAUAACUAUUAAUUUCUACAACAACUGUAUGUCCAGUUGUGUCUGAAACUACUAGGAGAGCCUAAUUAAGUAGUUAAAAUGUACUGAAAACCAGAGUCAAGACAUGAGGAUGGAAUAUCAGCAUUAUGCUUAUAUUUAAAAUAAUAAUAAAGUAAGUAAAGAAAUUAAAAUAACAAAAGAAACUUCUGAGAAAUGCACAAUUGUCUUUUACAUUAUUUUAAAAUAUUACUCUCUGACACCUUUCUGUAUGAUUAACUGUAAAUCGAAGAUUCUUUCUACAAAUGCAUAUUCUGAUUGCUCAUGCUGAUCAUUAAGAUGUAAAAAAUAAUUUAAAAAAAUAA